CCGCCUUGCCGGCUAGUUCUACCUAUUAUAGCAUAAAGCUAAAAUUAUUAUUAUUUUUAUUUAUGGUAAGAAAAAAAAAAAAGUAAAUUAAAACCAUAGUAUAAAACGCCGGGAAAGAUCCAGCCUUCUAUUUUUCUUCCCCGGCCUCUGUUUGUUCGUGAGAGAAAAAUGAAACCUCAUGUCGUCUGCAUUCCGCUUCCAUUUCAGGGUCACAUAAACCCGAUGCUGAAGGUGGCCAAACUCCUCCACCACAAAGGCUUCCACGUCACUUUUGUCAACACCCAUUACAACCACACACGCUUACUCAGAUCCAGAGGCCCCAACUCCCUCAACGGCCUGCCGGACUUCCGCUUUGAAAGUAUCCCCGACGGCCUCCCGCCUUCCGACGCCGACGUCAGCCAAGACGUCCCCGCUCUUUGCGAUUCCACCUCAAAGACUUGCCUCGUCCCACUCCGCAACCUCCUCUCCAAACUCAACGACUCUUCCUCUUCCAACGCGCCGCCUGUGACCUGUAUCGUCUCCGAUGGUUCCAUGGCAUUCACUCUCGAAGCUGCUGAAGAAUUUGGAAUUCCAAAUGUUCUUUUCUGGACGCUUAGCGCCUGCGGCUCCUUGGCCUAUUUGCAUUGCCGCCAUCUUGUUGAACGCGGUUUAAUUCCCCUCAAAGAUGCAAGCCAUCUAACAAAUGGGUAUCUAGAAACCACAAUGAUCGAUUGGAUUCCCGGGAUGAAAAGCAUCCGUCUGAGUGAUUAUCCAACCUUUAUUAGAACUACAGAUGAGAAAGACUUCAUGCUCAACUUCAUCAUCACUGAAGUGGAGAGAGCUUCAAGAGCUUCAGCUAUCAUUUUGAAUACGUUUGACGCCUUUGAACAUGAUGUUUUGGAGGGUAUUUCCUCUUUGCUUCCUCGCACCUACACCAUCGGUCCACUUCCAUUGCUUGCUGACCAGAUCAAAGAUCAACGGCUGAAAUCAAUAGCCUCCAAUUUAUGGAAAGAAGAGCCGGGGUGUGUGGAUUGGCUAAAUUCAAAACAACCCAACUCCGUAGUGUACGUGAAUUUCGGCAGCAUAACGGUCAUGACGCCGCAACAACUCAUUGAGUUUGCUUGGGGACUUGCCAACACCGAGAAACCCUUCUUGUGGAUUAUAAGGCCUGAUCUUGUCGCCGGCGAUUCAGCCGUUCUUCCUCCCGAGUUUCUUACUGAAACGAAAGACAGGGGCAUGUUAGCAAGUUGGUGUACUCAAGAAGAAAUCCUCAUGCACCCGUCGAUCGGAGGGUUUUUGACGCAUAGCGGGUGGAAUUCAACGAUCGAAAGCGUGUGCGGCGGAGUGCCGAUCCUCUCCUGGCCCUUCUUUGCCGACCAACAAAUAAACUGCCUGUAUUCUUGCACCGAAUGGGGCAUUGGGAUGGAGAUAGAUAAUGACGUUAAGAGAGAUGCUGUUGAGAAGCUUGUGAGGGAGUUAAUGGAUGGUGAUAAGGGUAAAGAAAUGAAGAGGAAGGUAAUGGAGUGGAAGAAUAAGGCAGAAGAGGCUGCCAAGCCUGGUGGUUCUUCUUACCGGAACUUGGACAAGUUGAUUGCCGAUGUUCUCCUCGCCGGAAAUGUUUAAACCAAACAAAGAAGAAGCAGGUUGACUCGAUCUCAUGGUUUUAUCCGCUCUUCUCUUGUUUUAUAUUCGUAAUUCCAAGUGUGUGUUUUGAUAAAAUUAAUAUUCUACUCUACGUUGGCAUUGUU